AUGACACAAGCCCCGGGACCUGUACAGAAUAUCAAAGUCUUUGUGGAUUCAGACGACAGAAUAAUCGUCAAAUGGGAUGCACCGACUGCUAAAAACGGAAAAAUAACAGCAUAUAACGUGACCUACAUUGAACGAAGAUCCGGAACAGUUAGGUCCAUUAAUACACACUUGCAGACUUACACUUUCAUAACCAAUCUGAAUCCAUAUACUAAUUACAUUAUCAUGGUUAGUGCCAAGACUACGAAGCUAGGCAAAGUGUCAACUGUCAACGCUACGACACAUCAGACUGCACCAAGUGGCCCUCCGAUGAACAUCACUUACAGAAUGUCAGAAACAGAUUUGAUUUUUAACUGGAAAGAGCCUAGCGAGGAUAAAAAGAAUGGAGUUAUCAUAAAAUACCGUUAUCAACUGUACGAGGGCAAUUCAUCUGCUGGUACAAUGGUGAAAGAUGCUUUGACAACAAACCGCAGAGUAAUUUUCCAGGAAUGCGAAGCAAAUAAAUUAUAUACAUUUCGUAUUAGGGCGUACACAAUAAAGGGCGAUGGACCAUGGAGUAAUGAUUUCAUUGCGUUAACUACACCGCCUUCGAGUACACAGACCCCGGCUGCACUGACAAGAUCAGAUGCAAUCGUCUUGCCACCGUCGCGUGAAACAGCCAUUCCUGACACCCAGAAAAACACCAGUUCUAGCUUGCAAGACAGAUUAGGAAUUAUCGUUGCUGCAAUUUUGUCUGCUUUUUUUUGUCUGUUAUUAUUAUUGGUCUGAUGUUGUGGACAUUAAACAUGCGCAAAUCACGUCGUAAUAAUGACGGUUUACCAAGCGUCACUUUACAACAAGUAAGAGAAAAAUAUUAGGUUAAUUAUAUUGUUAAUAUUGAAAUUUAACAUUAAUUUGUAAAAAGCUUGCAUAUAAGAUUUGAUGAUAUUGAAAUUGAUUAUUAUAAUGACAGUUUAUUCGAGGAUACGGCAAAUCUUAUGAAUGAAUAGAAUAAAAUGUUGUAUGUUGUAUGGUCUUGACAUAGAAGAAUGAUGCCUUAACUAAACAGUAUAUAUAGGUCGAUAUAUGAAUAAAUAAAUAAAAUUAAAUUUAAAUAAAUAAAUUAAUUAAAAAUAAAAAAAGAUGAAUAAUAAAAACAAAUAAUUUAUUUUAAAAAAUCAGAAAAGUAUAUUCCUAAUGGUAUUAGGUGUACUUUAAAAAAACAUACAAUGUUGAUUAACUGAUGUAAAAGCAAAAAUUAAUUAAUUAGACAGCCGUA